AUGGAAGAAUUAUGCAAUCUCCUUCGUACAAUUUAUAUUUCAAAUUCUGACGAAGGUAGAUCUGCAGCCGAGCAGCAGCAAGCUGCAAUGAUGGAACAAAAUCCACUAGAAUUCUUAUUAAAUUGUUUACAAAUUGCGUGCAGCCCAAACUUAGCGACAGAAAGCGAGUUAGCAGUUAUAUUAUUGUUUUCAAUUAGUAAGAGAACUAAAAUACUAUCAAAUCAAGAGAUUUUAGUGCCUUUUUGGGACCAAUUCGGCGAAGCUAUCCAAAAUCUACUUAUUUCUCCAUCUUUAUCAUCGGACAAGAAAAAACUCCUUUGUUCUAUCAUUGCCGAGAUUGUUCUCGUUAGAUAUUCAACAGAUCCUUCAGUAAAUAUGAUUCAAGAGUAUUUGAUUCAAAUGAUCUCAGCAGAUAUACGAUAUUUACCAUGGAUUAUGUAUUCCAUAUCAGAAAUAUUAGAAUAUUCAACAGAUUUCGCAGGUUUUGAUCCAAAUUAUUUAAUUCAACUAAUUACAAACGAAUCUUCCGAGCCAAUCAUGAAAAUUAAGCUAUACUUUGCCAUGUGCUAUCAUUCAGAUCUAUUUCCACAGCUCCACGAGCUCUUUAACCCGAUCAUUGAAUCAAUUUCUCCAGAAAUCAUGUUAGAGUCCUUCAAAAUACUACGAACGUUCUCAGAAAGGAACUCCGUAUUCUUUGAACAACAUAUCAACGAGUUUUCUCCCUACAUCUGUCAAAUAAUUUUAAAUAACGAGUCAGAAGACGUAAAAAUACAAGCAUUGAUUGCCAUAUCAGCCAUUGCAGAGAACCAAGUCUAUAUGUUCAAGGGUUCCCAAGUUUUUCACCAACAAUUUUUAGAUAUGCUGAUACAAGUGAUGAGUAUCGUUGAUGAUGACUCCGAAAUAGAUCUACUGAACAGUUACAACACGUUGGCAUCAAUUGCGAGUGAUACAAUCAAUUCUACUCAUAAAAAUUUUGAAGAUGAAUAUAUUAAGCAGUGUUUUGAGAAUAUAAUGAAAGGGGAUAAUCUACAAUUGAUAUAUGGCAUGUUGUUGUUCGUUGGAGAGAUCGAUUUCCAUAUUUUGCCAGAUAAUUUUGAUGAUAUUUUCAAAUUCAUCAAUCACGAGCAUCCGAGGCUUCGCUUUGCAGCAUUCCAUUCAUUGUUAUCAUGUAGCAAGUCUCUCAUGUCGAACAACGACCUUUUUCAGGAAGUUUUGACAAUAAUAAUCCAACAACUCGAAGAAGAGAAGGAAAUUGUGAUUUUAAGAGAGAUCACGAGAGUUCUAAAGCGUCUGCUCAAAGUAAACCUCUCCAAAUCCUCUUUUGACGAAGAAAUUUACUCUCAAUUGUAUCCGACACUUAUUUCCUGUUUUGAUCUGUUCAAUGAUGAGAUAAUCAUAUGUAACAUCCUUAAAUCGACCACUUAUUUGCUUACAAAGGUUUCUUGGGAGACAAUUGAACCCGAUUUCCCUGAUUUAGUAGAAUUCUUGAGUUCUAUACUGAACAUUGAUUCCGUUGUCCUUGUAUCACAAGCUUGUAUCUCUUUUGGCCAGAUCUUGUACGAAUUUUCCGAAAAUUUUGAUAUCGAAGAAGAAGGAAACGAAGAACUGAUAGAUUCAUUCUUCCAGAAAGAGAUAGAGAUCUUCAACGAUGAAAACGCUCAUCCAAAACUCGUUUCUAAAAUUAGAGAGUCAAUCAACGAAUACAUUGUCAUUAUGGGGCCAAAGACAUUCUCAAAGUACGCGGAAUCACUCAUAGAACCAUCUGUGAGGCUCAUAAGUACUCUUCCGACAGAAAUCGAGAUGUCAUCUUCAGAUGGAGUGGUAACAAGCGGCUAUUACACAGUUCCUAACCCUCCAAACGGUCUGCACGUCUAUUUCCUGCAGACAACAAUCGAAUCCUACGUCAGUUCUUUGAAAUUAUUGCAAUCAUGCAUAAAAAGUUUGAAAGAACUGUAUUUGAACUAUAUCCCUGAUACGUAUGCAGCCUGUUCGCAACUUAUGACUCAGAACUACUUCAUUGAGCCAAUAAGAAUCGAAUCAUUUUCCACAAUUUUUUCAAUUAUCUCCACAUUCAAAGAAAGUGACAAUGUUUCGGACUACAUUGUUCAGUCAAUCGAUUUCUACAAGGAUAUAUUGAAUCAGCCGUGGAAAUACAAAGGAUUCGAGAAAAUGACAAGCGAAAUGAACAAUAUCCUGCACUACACGUACAAACCAAACGUUGGAUUCAUUGUUUCUCAGGAAAAAAUUGCAGAAUUGGUCGGAAUUGUCAAAAUUUAUUUGGAUUCUCUGUUGAAGCAAAAAAUAGAGAUAGAAGAUGACAAGGCCAAAUGGGGUCUCGUUCCUUACGAAGAUUGCGAUGAUGUUUCAGUUCCUUUCGAUAAUUUAUUAAAACUUUACAAAACAUUGGGGAAACUGGUUCCAAAUAACAUAAACAAUCUGUUUGAGACCAAUUAUGCGGAAUCAAUUCCAGAAAUCAUCAAGAAUUUGUACAUCCAAAAAUUUGUUGUGAAUCUAUUGAUGUCUCACAUCAAAACCAUGCACAACAUUGAUCUAUUUGAUAGAUACGAGCCUCUUAUUAUAUCCGUGCUUGAUUCGAAGCCGGAAUUCGUAUCGACAGACGAAGAUCAGAAUCAUUUGGGAGUUGGAGAUCCAAAUGAACUUUACGCCGAUAAUCUUUUGUGUAUUUACAAGAAAUUAGUCAAAAUUUUUGGAAAAAUACGGAUAUCUCCGGAAAGAGCACGAUUUUGGGUACAAAAGACAUUCGAAGUGUUCGAUUAUGAUCGGAUAUGCGAUGAAAUGUUCUUCUUGUCCCAUUCUUACGCUUUGUCCGUCGUUGCAAUUUUAUUUAAUAUUUAUUUCAACGAUGUAACUGAUGACGAGUUCCAGAACUUCUUCAUGAGAUUGCCACCUGAUGUACCUACGUAUAAUCCUGUUAGCAUGGCUGUAAAGUUCUGCAUUUCAGAUCCAGAAAGAUUUUACAACAAUAUCUCUGAUAAAAUAGGAUAUACAUCGCUGAUAAGUGUUAUUGCAUCGUGCUUCAAGAAGACUGUCAACUUCCCAGCGAAAAGUCUAUUAAGACUGGCAAAAGAAGUUUAUUACUUGUGUCAGAUCAAUCCGAAAUUUUUCGCUUGUUUCGGAAUUUGCUACGAAACUGCUUUGGAACAGAAAAACAACGAUUCCUACAGAAAGGAAACGUUUUCUUACGUGCAAGUCCAUAAUUUGAUUGAUUUGGUAACUGUGUUCAAUAAAAUUACUGCACAGGCAAAGCAGCAACAGAUGCAACAACAAAAUCAACAAGAAUCAAAUUGA